UGAUUAACAACUAGACGAUAAUGUCAUUUCAGGAAGAAAAAUCUUGUCGACCCACAACAGCAAAUUCUCUGUGUAACCCGAUAGAUCCAGAAAUAGAUGACCUUUACAUCACAUAUAAGAGACUUGAAAAACAGUUAGAGUUUCUGGAAGUACAAGAGGAAUACAUCAAAGAUGAACAAAAGAACCUUAAAAAGGAGCUCUUGCAUGCCCAGGAAGAAGUGAAGAGAAUCCAGUCUGUACCAUUGGUUAUUGGGCAAUUCUUAGAAGCUGUUGAUCAAAACACUGGAAUUGUUGGCUCCACAACUGGGUCAAACUACUAUGUCCGCAUCCUUUCAACCAUUGAUAAAGAACUACUUAAACCUAGUGCAUCAGUAGCUUUACACAAGCACUCAAAUGCUUUGGUAGAUGUUCUACCCCCUGAAGCAGAUAGUAGUAUAGCAAUGCUAACAGCUGAUGAAAAACCAAAUGUGCCAUAUUCUGACAUAGGAGGUAUGGACAUCCAGAAACAAGAAAUCAGAGAAGCUGUAGAACUUCCGCUUACGCACUUUGAGCUCUAUAAACAGAUUGGUAUUGAUCCCCCUAGAGGGGUACUGCUUUAUGGCCCUCCUGGCUGCGGUAAGACCAUGUUAGCAAAAGCUGUUGCUCACCAUACAACAGCAUCAUUCAUACGUGUCGUGGGUUCAGAAUUUGUACAAAAAUACCUUGGUGAAGGUCCCAGAAUGGUUCGAGAUGUAUUCAGACUUGCCAAAGAAAAUGCACCUGCCAUAAUUUUUAUUGAUGAAAUUGAUGCCAUAGCUACCAAGAGAUUUGAUGCUCAAACUGGAGCUGACAGAGAAGUACAAAGAAUUUUACUUGAGCUUCUCAACCAAAUGGAUGGAUUUGAUCAAACAGUUAAUGUUAAGGUUAUCAUGGCAACAAACAGACAAGAUACUCUAGACCCAGCAUUGUUACGUCCUGGACGUCUAGACAGGAAAAUAGAGUUCCCAAUGCCAGACAGACGACAGAAGAGAUUGAUAUUUGCUACCAUUACAAACAAGAUGAACUUAUCAGAAGAAGUUGACCUGGAAGAUUAUGUUGCAAGACCUGAUCGUAUCAGUGGUGCUGAUAUAAAUGCUAUUUGUCAAGAGGCUGGCAUGCAAGCAGUAAGGGAAAACAGAUACAUCAUCUUGGCCAAAGACUUUGAGAAAGGCUACAAGAACAAUGUUAAAAAGGAUGAACAAGAGCACGAGUUUUACAAAUAAACAURCUAUUUCAGAUGUGCUGAAGCUAGUGCACUCCAAGAACGUAGUGCAUUGCUGGUUUUUACAUCACCAUUUCAAAGGAGUUUUCGUGGUUUUAGAGUGACGAAACCAGCUCGCUUAGUAUUUACUGGUGAUUAUCAGUUGUAUUUAGAAUAAUCUUCAUGAUAUAAAGUAAAAGAAAUACAUUAACAACAAACAA